AUGCUUCUCAAUAGUAUUUACACUUUCCUUUUGUGCUUUACUAAUUGUUUCUUUUUCAAAGUUUCUUGCUCAUCAUCUGAAUUCAGAUUGGAGGGAGAUUUCUUAUUGGGUGGCCUUUUUGCUUUACAUGAAAUUGACCGUGUGACACCUGUUUUCAUCCCGGAGACCACUGAAUGUAUCUGGCAAAGUACCUCAAAAUCUGGCUAUAAAAUAUUGCAAGUAAUGAGGUAUGCUGUUGAAGAGAUUAAUAAUUCCACAACUCUUCUGCCCAAUGUUUCUCUGGGCUAUGAAAUUUAUGACUAUUGUUCUAACACAAGGAAUUUCCAUUCAGUCUUAAGUUUUAUCUCAAAUAAUGGCUCAGUAAAAUCUAAAGAAAAACUCAACAACUAUCAGCCUAAAGUGAUUGCUUUAACAGGACCAUUUGGAAGCUCAAGAACUAUAAGUGUUGCACCACUGUUCACAACGGAACUUAUACCAAUGGUGAAUUAUGGAGCUGCUAGCUACGCAUUAAGCAAUAAACUUCAGUAUCCUUCUUUUGUGAGAACAAUCCCUAGCAACAAAGACCUGAUAGAGAUGAUUAUUCACAUCAUACGGUGGUUUGGAUGGAACUGGGUUGCCUUUCUUGGUAGCCAAGAUGAUUACAGUUCAGAUGGACUAAAGCUGUUUAAUGAGUAUGUAAAAAAUACUGGCAUUUGUUUGGCCUAUCAAGAGGGUCUAAGUCUAAAUGCAAACUACAGUCUAACACUUAAAAAGAUUGAUAAGCUCAACAUCAAUGUCAUUGUAAUAUUUGCUUUGACACAAUAUGCAAGCAAGUUUAUCAAAGCAGCCAUAGCAAAUGACAUGCGAGACAAAGUAUGGAUUGCAAGUCCAUCAUGGGCUUUGAAUCAACAGAUUCCAAGAGAACCAGGAAUCAGGAAAAUUGGCACAAUCAUUGGCAUUGCAGAUAGACUGUUGUCAUUGCCCAGAUUUAAUGAAUUUGUCUACAAUAAAGCCAAAGGAACAGCUCAUGCGGGCCAUAAUGACAAAGCUGUCCAGAAUAAGAAUGAGAUAUGUAAUCAAGACUGUGAUUACUGCUCUUUGAUGACUGCAGAGGACAUUAUAAAUGAGAGUCCCACACACGCCUUUGCCGUCUAUUCUGCCAUAUAUACCAUAGCUCAUGCGUUACAUAAGGUUCUUCAGUGUGACAUGAAUGAAUGCCACAAAAACAUAACAGUUAAGCCAUACAUGCUUCUUGAAAAAAUAAAGUUGUUGAAUUUUCCACUCAAUGGCCGUCAAGUGAAAUACGAUGAUAAUUAUGAUCCAACUAUCAGUUAUGCAGUUCUACUCUGGCACACUGAUGUGAAUCCUCCACAGUUUGAGAUGGUGGGCACAUAUGAUAAACUUCCAGAAAUUAGAUUUACCAUCGACAACACUCUCAUGCCCUGGCAUGACAAUGGUUCUGUUCCUUUCUCAAACUGCUCUACUGAGUGUAAGGUGGGAUAUUCAAGGCAACAGGAAGGUUUUCAUAGAUGCUGUUUUACAUGUACAAAAUGUCCACGUAACAGCUAUGUGGAUUUUUCUAGGGACCCCUAUACCUGUUUUCCAUGUGCAGAGAGUGAAUGGUCUGAUGAGGGCAGCACAACAUGUAAAACACGUUUGGUUGUCUAUCCUCAGUUCACAGAAAUUCCCUCCAUCAUUGUCAUGUUUUCUGCUGCAUGCCUAAUUAUUCUCCUUAUUGCCAUAUUUUGCCUUUUUGCAUACAAUUACGACACACCAGUGGUAAAGUCUGCUGGUGGCAGCAUGUGUUUACUCAUGUUGGCCAGUUUGAUUUUGUCUAGUAUAAGUGUUUUCUUUUUCUUUGGAAAACCUUCAUCUGUAUUUUGCCUAAUGAGAAAUGCUAUAUUUACAUUUUUCUUCACUGUCUGUAUUUCCUGUUUGUCUGUCCGUUCCUUUCAAAUUGUUUGUGUUUUUAAAAUGGCUACUCAAUUCCCUAAGGUGUACAGCCUUUGGGUAAAACACAAUGGCCAAUGCCUCUUCAUUGCAUUUUCUUCUUUCAUUCAUUUAAUUUCUUGUGUGAUAUGGAUGACUGUCAAUCCUGUCACGCUCAUUGCUGACUCGUGGACUUUUAAAGACCAAAUUAUGCUCAUCUGUGAAAUGGGAAACACUAUAACAUUUAGCAUAGUUGUGUUCAUAAGUUGGUUUCUUGGUUUCCUGUGUCUCCUGUUUUCUUACAUGGGACGAGAUUUGCCUAAAAAUUACAAUGAGGCCAAAUCAAUAACAUUUAGUCUCAUUUUGUACUAUCUGACCUGGAUUGCAUAUUUCACAGCAUACCUCACUAUCAAAAGCAAAUACAUUGUAAUUUUAAAUGCAGUUGCCCAGAUAUCCAGUAUAAACGGAAUUCUCUUUAGUUAUUUCAUACCAAAAUCUUACAUCAUAAUAUUUCAACCACAGAAGAAUACUUCCACAUACUUUCAAACCUCUAUUCAGAAUUAUACCCAAACCAUUAGUAGGUCUUAG